GGGGCUCCAUGAGCAAUGGCCGGGGACAGGAUGAUCUCCCCAUCCAGGGUUUCGGCAGGGAUGAGGGGUGCACCUUGCAUCCACCUCCUGCGAUGGUGCGGAGAGGAGAUCGCGUCAAACAUAUAAAUGGAGAUACUCGCCUUCGCCCUCGAUCUGUUGCAUUCCAGAUCUCUUCACAUUCCUGCAUCCUCGCCUGGCACAUUCUCCAUCUAAUCACUCCGAACUGCCAAAAAUCCCUCCAAGAAUGUUCUUCCGACAAGCGCUCCUUGCCAGCACGGCGGUCUGGUCCUUGUCUGUGGCUCUUCCCACGACCGACACAAAUGUUCUACCCUCGCUGUCUCCGCGCGAUGAUACGCAGUGCGGUGCUGGGACGACCUUCUAUGCGUGUUAUCUGAACCACUUCCGGGGGUGCUGCUCUGUCGAUCCCUGCGCCCUAGAGGCGGGUUGUCCGGACAACCCGGCCAACAACAACCACCACCACCACUAUAGCUACAGCACGGAAAACACCCAGAUCAGCUGUCCUGCCUCAGGCACGCAAGUCUUCCAGCCGCAGAUGGAGCUGAUCUUCCCGACCGAACCCGCCGCCUCUCCCUUUCCCACCCCAGAUUUGAAUCUCUCCCGCUCUGCCACCACUCAAUGGGACCAACUGAUGACCUUCACUCUGCCCACCGAGGCCCGCCACUGCACCCUCGGCUGGACCAUCCCCGCACGCCGCAAUUUCACUGCGGGCUCCAACGCCUUGGUCCGCGUUCUCGAGAACGUCGCCCCCGGCAAUAUCACCCGCAUCGGCGCCGCCGAUUUCUCCUACUGGCCGCAGACCCCUGGGCCCCACGAGGCCCUGGUCGGAACCAUGGACUGCAAAGAGCAACUGCAGUUUCACUUGACUUUGGAACAUCGAGACGCCGUCUACAUGGCUCAGGAUGCGCAAACGGGUUGGUGGGUGCGAUACACAUGCUGAUGAACUGAUGACAGAAGUGUUGUAAGGUUGCAUGUAGGGUUCGGCGCUGACGCUUAUUCUUGUAUUUCACUUGGCAGCGUGAUGGGUUACGAGUAUGUAGGUAUAAAAACGCAAUGAAUGAUAAUGAUUUACCUGACAACAGGACCGGAUUCGUCGACUGUGUGUGGUGCCUUGUGUGGGCGGAUAUGACAUUCAAAUCAUGACUUCUUCCAUGCACUAGUGAAUUAAUUGAAGGUGACCAUACCUCUACUACCUAAGAUCCGUGCGUACUCAUCGUGUGACAUUUUGAUGUCAUUGUCUCCAAGUCAUAAUGGCGCGUGG